CUUCAGGUCAACAAAAUGGAGACUGUUUGCAAAUUUCUCAUCAUCACACAAGAAUUUCCUCAAGUGAAAUCCAAGUUGUGUGUUUCUAUAAGCCUUCCAUUGCAAGGAAGUGGCGAGGACUGAAGACGGACGAUCCCCGUUUUCUCAUUCUAUGACGGAACACCAUAUUUUCAAAUCUCCCAAAUCGAAGGAUUUUGGCGAUAGCGAUCGGAUUUGGAAAGACGAAGAGGAACAAAGUAUUGCAAGAACCGAGAAGAGCAGCGAUGAGGAGAGGAAUGGUGGCGUGGAUGAGAGCGAGAUAGUCGUUGGGGAACAGAAAGAGGAAGAUUACCCGCCGAAUGGAGGCUAUGGAUGGGUUUGCGUGGGAUGCACGUUCAUGAUAAAUGGGCACACCUGGGGCCUUAAUAGCUCAUAUGGCGUCUUCCUCGCCCACUAUCUUGCGAACAAUAUUUUCCCAGGUGCGACACGUCUCGAUUACGCUUUCGUCGGCGGCCUCUCUAUCUCCCAGGCCCUUGUCGUGUCUCCCGUAGCUACUCUCACAACUCGACUUUGGGGAACCCGAACCACACUUCUCAUCGGUGCCUUCUUCGAGACAUUAUCUUUGAUCGGCGCCUCCUUUGCCACUAAAAUUUGGCACCUAUUCCUGACUCAAGGUGUCUGCUUUGGCUGGGGCAUGGGGUUCCUCUUCGUUGGCUCAGUCGUCAUUGCUCCACAAUGGUUCACCACUCGACGUAGUCUCGCCAACGGCAUCUCAGCCUCUGGGUCUGGCAUUGGAGGACUUAUUUAUUCACUCGCCUCGCAAGCAAUGAUUAAGAACAUUAGUCUAUCAUGGGCUUUUCGAAUCCUAGGAAUUACCGCUUGCGUGGUAAACACAAUUGCCGCGCUCUUGGUCAAGGAUCGAAACAAGCAGAUUGGAAGUUCCCAGCUUUCAUUCGAUCAUCGAUUGUUCAAGAAGAUCGAGUUUUGGGGAUUGCUGGGUUUUGGGUUUUUGAGUAUGUUGGGGUAUAUUGUGCUGUUGUUCUCGUUGCCGAAUUAUGCAAAGACUGUAGGUAUGACAGCAAAGCAAGGGUCGAUCAUUGGUGCUGUGUUGAAUCUGGGACAGGCCCUGGGGAGACCACCGAUAGGGUACUUCAGCGAUUCUUUUGGCAGAGUCAAUAUGGCAGGGACUAUGACUUUCCUCGCGGGAUUGUUUUCCUUGCUAGUUUGGAGCUUUGCUAACAGCUUUGGAGUGCUGAUCUUCUUCGCUAUUGUUGGAGGCACUGUAGCAGGCACUUUUUGGACUGUCGUCGCGCCGGUUUGGACGGAGAUUCUGGGACUGGUAGACUUGCCGUCUUCGCUUUCGAUCACUUGGAUGGUAUUGGUAUUACCCACUACUUUUUCCGAAGCGAUCGCUCUCGAGAUUGUCGACUUCGAUGACGGAAGCUAUACUGGCGCGAUUCUGUUCACUGGCUUUAUGUAUAUUGGUGCUGCGGUAUUCGUGUGGCUAGUACGAGCGUGGAAGAUCGGUGAGAUGGAAGAGAGGGCAGCAGCGAGAAUGACUGAUCCGCAGGCUAUCGACCUCGUAACUGACAAGCCUCGUGAGGAUGAGGGACGGGAGGCUUUGGAUCCCGCUAUGGUACAGAAGUCGUCUUUUAUGCGGAGAUUGUUGGUGUGGAAGAAGGUGUAGAGGAUGAGGGGAGGGGAUAGACGAAAGUGAAGAUAUGCUUGUAUAUUGAAGCAUAUAGAGAGAUGAAAGUAU